UUGUGGUUUUGUUUUACACCGAACGAAUCUGAAAUAAAUAACGCCCCAACGAUAACUUUAACUUGUUGUAUUUCGAGCUGAUAAUCUCCUCACGCUGUUUAUUCUAUUUGCGCCCUGUACUGCCUCCUGACUCCGGUAUCGUAUAUCUAGCAAGCCUCAACUGAAAAAUAUUAUACGUGUCAGUCUCUGAGCAUAACUCGUCAUUCAUACCGGCGCACUGCCAAUUUUCAGUUACUAUCAAGACAUUCUGAUGCAUUUUCAGACAUCAUUUCGCGACAUGCAGUGCAGCAUCUUUAUAGCCAUCAUCUUAUUGAUGAAGUUGGUUUCGGGAAAUGAGGCCAACUCUGAUACUAGUCAAGUUGUAAAGCUUGAUGGUGACACCUUUCAAGCAGAAUUACCCAAAAGCCAUCAUUUUGUCAUGUUUUUUGCUCCUUGGUGUGGACACUGUGAACGAUUGAAGCCAACUUGGGCUGAAUUAGCCACUACUGUUAAAUCAAAGUUGAAUGAGGAAGUAAAAAUCGCUGAAGUUGAUUGUACUACUGCAACUUCUCUUUGCUCACAACAAGAUGUCACAGGCUACCCUACGUUGAAAUUCUUUACGAAAGGAGUGGCAGAAUCACAGCGCUACAGAGGACCAAGGGACUUACCUUCAUUGCUGACAUUCAUCAAAGAGACUCUAGGCUUGGCUGAAAGCAUUAAUGAAAAUGUUGUAGAUACUAAAAGUGAUGAGCCUGUUAAAGGAGCUCUUGAUCUUUCUGAAGACAAUUUUCAUUUACAUGUCGCCUCUGGAGAUCAUUUUGUGAAAUUUUUUGCUCCUUGGUGUGGGCAUUGUCAAAAAAUGGCUGGAACAUGGGACAACCUUGCACAGUCAGUUGGGCAAGAAAACAGCGUUACCAUUGGAAAGGUUGACUGCACUCAAUUCCGCGACUUAUGCAACGAGUUCGAAGUCAAAGGUUACCCUACUCUCCUGUGGAUUAAAGAUGGAAAGAAAGUAGAAAAAUAUCAAGGGUCGCGAACCCACGAAGACCUCAAGGCAUUUAUUGAGCGCAUGAAGAAAGGCAAUGCCGAAACUGCAGAUGCCAAGACCGCUACUGUGACUAGUUCUAGUCCUGUUGUUCAGCUCGUCGGUUCAAACUUUGAAAACGGAAUAGCAUCAGGAGUGACGUUUGUGAAAUUCUAUGCACCUUGGUGUGGCCACUGCAAGCGAAUGUCCCCUACUUGGGACGAGUUAGGAACAAAGUUUGUCGGUAAAACCGGAGUUAAAAUCGCCAAAGUAGACUGUACUGAGGGAUCAAACCGACAGUUGUGUGCUGACCAAAAGGUCAAUGGUUUCCCCACCAUGUUCUUGUAUUCAAACGGAGAAAAAGUAGAAGAAUAUGACGGAAACCGUAGUUUAGACGACAUGUUUUCUUUUGUCGCCAAGCUUAUGAAUGAUAAACAAGCAAAGGAUGAAUUGUAGAACUUUUACCUCAAGUAAAUAUACUCUUAAUAAACCUUUUAAAAAGAGUAAAAAGAUGAAAGGAUAA